AUGUCUCUCUUUGUGCACGGACGACCUCCAAAGGGGAUAUCCCUGCUGGUGCGAGACUGGCAGGGCCGCUUCUCAUCCCAUUUGAAACCCCGGGACGUGGAUGUUGUCAUAAUGUACGAGGCUGCCAUCACGGCGUUGCAGCUUCGUAUGUCUGCCGAGACGGUGCUGGGAAGCGGAGCCGCGGGGACGGAUGGGCGGCUGCUACUGCAGCACAUGGUGGUGAUUGAGGAGGCGGGCCCGAGGCAUCGUGGCCAAAGAGGCGAAGGAGUUGUCGUGCUGGUACAAGACUGGCACGGCACCCAGCCUGUUUGUGACGCAUCUGCCUGCCUGCGAAAACUCGACGCGCAUUUCGAUUACCAGUUCAAGCGGCCUGGUUGUCGUGCUGGUACUCAGACUGGCAGACACCAGGGUCGGCUCUUGAACAACGCCUUCGACUUUCAAGCUUCUCAGCAACAGCAUGGCUCACGCUGGGCGCAACCGUUGCGUCGGUCUUCCUGCUGGUACCAGACUGGCAGACCACCGUCCGACAUCUCGAUCCUCGGAUUUCUUGGCUGUCACGAGCGGCAGUGGGUUGGGGGUUUCGGACCUUUGCCCCUCGACGCCGAGUUCCAACUCGCUCCUCUGCAGUUCCGUGCCGUUGGGCGUUGGAGGAUUCGGGUCCUCUGCUGGUACGAGACUGGCAGAGGGCUCGAUCGUGGGCAUGAUUGGUGGACGACUGUGCUCAAGGGCAUCACCAAGCUCCGGUAUUUGGCAUGA